AAAUAACCCACAUUGCUCUGCAAAACAUUCUAUCGCCAUAUAAUUUAAGAAACUUACAUGAUGUUUUCUUUGAUGUCUAGAAAUGAAUUACUGGUUAUACAUAUUAUAACAACUUGGGCGGGCUUUAAGAGCGGGUUGCUUUUGGAUUUGCUGUAUUCGUACGGUGUCUGGUGCUGUAUUCAGUAGGGCUAGCGAACUAGUUUGAAGUUCUGUAUAUUACCUUACCCGUGAUAAUAACUUUUCUGAUGGUCUUAGCUCAGCGUCAAAAAGAGGAGCUGAAUAGGGCUAUUGCUGAUUAUUUAUUUGCUAAUGGAUACAUAAAGGCUUUAGAUGCCUUCAAAGAAGAGUCGCAACUGGCAGGAGAAAAUGACCGAAAGUAUGACGGCCUUCUGGAAAAGAAGUGGACUUCAGUUAUCAGGCUUCAGAAAAAGGUUAUGGAUUUAGAAGCCAAACUUAACGAGGCCGAGAAGGAGUUUCAGUCAAUGCAAAAUGCUGUUGGUUUUGGUAUAGCGGGUGCCGCACCUGGGAGCGGCCUUUCAGAUAGAGGUGAUCGACGUGAUGUUGAUGCUAUUCCAAGACCUCCAGCCAAGUUUACACUGACAGGUCAUCGUUCUCCAGUAACUCGUGUACUCUUUCAUCCGCACUACAAUGUUUUUGUAUCGGCAAGUGAAGAUGCCUCAAUCAAAGUUUGGGAUUAUGAAACUGGGGAGUUUGAACAUACUUUAAAAGGCCAUACAGAUUCGGUGCAAGACGUAGCCUUUGACCCUUCAGGAAAGCUUUUGGCUUCGUGUUCCGCUGACAUGCAAGUUAAAUUAUGGGAUUUUACAAUCUAUCAAUGCAUCAAAACUUUGACUGGUCAUGAUCAUAAUGUAUCCAGUGUAGCAUUUCUACCUUCUGGUGACUUCUUAGUCAGUGCUAGUAGAGAUAAAACAAUAAAAAUGUGGGAGGUGUCUACAGGAUAUUGUACAAAGACUUUCAUCGGUCAUACCGAUUGGAUUCGGUCAGUUCGUCCAAGUCCAGAAGGGAACCUACUAGCCAGUUGUUCCAACGAUCAUACUAUUCGAAUUUGGUCUGUAGAAUCUCGUGAAUGUCAGAUAGUUCUUCAUGGUCAUGAUCAUGUAGUUGAAUGUAUCGCUUGGGCUUCUCAUCCACAAAGUGUAUUAGCAAUAACUAGUUCUGUGCCUGAGAGUGCCGAUUCUUCCGGAACUACUGCCGACGGAUUUGUCAAUAACACAACCAAUGGAAUUUCGAUAGAUUUGAAUUCUUUACCUUCUAGUAUGAAUUCGUGUUUGUUACUUGUAUCUGGUUCACGCGAUAGGACUAUUCGUUUUUGGGAUGUAAAUACUGGUAUAGGCUUAUUUGAGCUUAUCGGUCAUGAUAAUUGGGUCAGACAACUUGUAUUUCACCCUCAUGGUAGACUUUUAUUAUCUGCCUCUGACGACAAAACAAUUCGAGUUUGGGAUUUGAAAAAUCGGCGAUGUCACAAGACGUUAAAUGCCCAUUCACAUUUCGUUACCUCUUUAGAUGUUAAUCGCCUAGCUCCGUAUGCUGUAACGGGAAGUGUUGACCAAACAAUUCAUAUAUGGGAUUGUCGAUAAACAGUCAACACUAUCAUAUGGACUAACUUUUCAUGUAUUUACUGAAGUAGGCAAAACAUGGGGUGUUGAAUGUUGAUUUUCUUGUGUGUGCGUGUGUGUGUGUUACCGUGGUUGAUUGGGUUCUUGAAUUUUUCAAUUGACAUCUUAAAAUAUGGAAAUUCAUCUCUUUACGUAAAUACAGGAGUGGAAAAUCAUUUUGAUUUGUAUUUAGGAUUUGUAUCCCCACAUUAUUAAACUAUUAUUAUUGCUCUCAAUCAACUAUAACUCAGAAUCUCAUCCAAAUGUGUUUUGUGUUCAGUUCGCGCUUCUGUCACUAUCUACAUACAUAGAUAUGAUAAAGCAUAUUCAUUUUUACAACCAAAUUAUGGCUGACCGGUUGUCUUUUUGUUAUUAUUAUUUUUGUUUUCCUUCACAUUCAUUUUCAGAUGAAAAAAAACAUCAAAUUCUUUUGUAUAUGAAUCUGAUCAGUUUUGCAUCUUUUGUUUCUUUAUGUAUACUUCAGUGGCUUGUUUUUAUUUUUUUGUUCAUGCUUAUAUUAUCGCGUACGUUGAAUUGUUGAUGUUUUAUGCAUUCUUUUGGCUAAGUUGAAUCUUACUCAGUUUUCGUCAUGUUUACUGCUAAUAGUAGUACUGCUGCGACAAUAAACACACCUACCAACUAAUAAUAAAAACCAGUCGCACUGCUUUGUGGAGUCAGACUUGAUACAUUUAACCUGAAAGGAGAAAACUUGUGAUAUGUUAAUCUGUUCAAAGUUUAUGUAAUUUUCUUUCGCUUAUAUUCACAGUGAAAGUAUGAGAAUUUUGUUUAUCCUAUUUUACUUAUGAAUAUUUCACAUAUGCACUGGAUACAUGCCAAUUUAGCUUGUAGGAGGUAUUUUUUCUGAUGCAAACGACAUAUACUACUGACAGUGUUCCUCAUUUCUUUGCUUUUUUGUGUUAACGUGUAUAGCUAAAAUUGUAUCAUCAGGCGCUUUUAGAUGUCUUCCCAGAUCAUUGGUUGAAAGAGGUACUGAUAUUUACCCUGAAAAUAUACUUAGUUCUUGUAAUCUUAUGAUUUCACUAAAGAUUUAAUGUGUCAAUAAAAUUUCCAUUCAUUUGGUUUAUUGUCAUCACCUAUCAAAAGCUAACUACUCGAUGUUGAUCGUUUGGAAUAACAAAUCUUUGAAUUCAGAAACCUGAAAUUGCAUAUAAUUUCUAUGAAUAUUUAAUUACCAUAUAGUAAUACAGUGUGACUUAUUGUCAAUUCUUA